AUGCCUCAAGCACAUCCUCCUAAGUCUGGCUGGCAGGUCAUCGAGUCGCUGUCAUCGCUGGCGCCCUUAUUCCGCCGCCCGACCAGCCAAUGCACGACACGGAGCUUCUUCACGCCCGCGACUCGCAAAGGCGCCCUGCUCGGGAUGGUCGCCCCGGCCGAGCAAGACCGCCUGAUUGCCGGGGUGGAAAUCUUCACGCGCCCGUCCGCCCUGGCGGCCGUGCAAGCGUCGCCCGAAUAUAGGGACGCCGCGUCCUCUUUGGCCACGGCCGCGCCCGCGCCUCACUUGACCACGUGGUAUCCCACCGCGGGAUUCGUAGCGCGCCGCAACCAGAUCGAGACCGGACCGGCCCAGAUCGUCAUGCUGGCCAAGUUCGUGGUGAGGGACGGAGACGGGCUCAGGGAGAAGUUGGUUGAUGUUCUGGGCAAGUAUUGCUCGUGGGUCGAAUCCAACGAGCUCACCACCCUGACCUACAGCGUCCUGACCCGGCCCGACGCCCCCAACGAAGUCCUCAUGUUUGAGCGCUACAAGGACCUCCAGGCCUUGGGCGAGCACAGCAAAACCGCCCAAUUUCGAGCCAUGUUCAAAGCAACAGGCCCCUUCAUCCAAGCGAAAAAGACCCUCCUGAGCGAGUGGAACGAACUCGACGGCUCCUUCGUCUCCAAUUUCCCCGGCGGCGGUGGCGGCAUCGGCGGCAUCGGCGCCCAAGCAAAGCUCUAG